UCGAUCCAAUCGCUCACAAAAGACUCACAACUUCGUUUGCUCACGAACCCUGCAAGAACGAGAUCAUUCAUUCAAACAAUGAACUCCCUCAUCAUUCUACUCAUGGUGUCCAUCGCCAUCACAUGCGGUCACACACUCUCGAUGCCUUCCUUCUACCUCAUAGAAGACGUCCAUUCGUCAUACGCCUACGACGCAUUGGGCAUCAGCCUACUCUACUGCACUUGGGAAGGUAUGUAUAGGGCUAAACUGACCGACUGUCCGAACAACGACGUCGGCUGGGGUGGCGUUGCCAAUUUCGACGUAAACAACACCGGAGUCAACCCCGACAACGACAACGAGUUGAGGAUUCCUUUCAAGACUAAAUAUAUCAGCACACCGCCCAUCUGCUCGUUCUCGUUCGAAGGAGAGGAGUUCGCGUUCGACACCUACAUGACGCGCAUUGCAACGCAAAGCGACAGAGUGAGCGUCUACCUGUUCAAUUCAUACGGAGACAAGCACAGCUGGAGGCACGUGAAGACGAAAAUAUCCGUCAUCUGCUACGGUCCGACUGACUCGUCUACACUGCAAGGAAGGAAGGCGAUAUUGAAGCAAUUGCUAUUGCGCAGAAAUAAAGAAAAACGUCCGCUGCGCGCAGUGUAAAGAGAGCUUGAGCAGAGACUGGACUCUUUCAAGAGACAUGAGUAGCUAUAGAAACUAGGAACAGUGUGUGUGUGUGUGUGUGUGUGUGUGUGUGUGUGUGUGUGUGUGUGUGUGUGUGUGUCUGUGUGUGUGUGUGUGUGUGUCUGUGUGUGUGUGUGUGUGUGACCACGUAUGUGUUCUUACUGUUGCGCAUGAGGCGACA